AUGAAAGCAGGCACCGGCCUGGCGAGCGCCGCAGCCGGGGCGGUUUCGGAGCGGGCGUUGCGUCCCUGGCGCACGCGGUGCAGGACGAGGCACCGCGUGCACCGAGGCCACAAUCGUAGCGCCCCGUGGCACGUGCGAUCACUGCGAUUGCUGGAUGCAGCCCGUCGUCCUCGGCAGCCGCCGCGUAGCUGCGGCCCCUCUGGCUUCGUGUCUUUGCUCAGCAGUUCAAGGAGCAACCAGAACGAAGCUGCGUGGUGUCCGUUACAAGUAGACGCGUGCAGUUACACACUGCCUGUCUUUAUUUUUUUACGAGUAACAGUACACAUUUUCAGUAUUAAUAUAAAUAUUUUGUGCCUUUUCCAGAUGACUGCACUAGAAGAAGUCGCUGGUGACGUUGUGUUCAAGUUUGAACCAUUUGUUCUUCAUGUGCUGUGUCGAGAGCUGCAAGACGCGCAACUUCUGCAUUCUGCAGCUAUCGAUUCUGGAUUCAGGAACUCUGGUAUUACAGUUGGCAAAAAAGGAAAAAUUGUGAUGGCUGUGCGGAGCACUCAUUGCUUAGAAGUUCCAUUGAGCCACAUGGGGAAACUCAUGGUCUCUGAAGAAUAUAUUGAAUUUCUGAUACAAACAGCAAAUCAAAAAAUGGAAGAGAACAUGAGGAGGAUUGACAGGUUCUACAAUUGCUUACAGUUAGCUUUGAAAACUGCCCCCGAUGCAGACGACUCACCUUCUGAAGAGAGAGAGAAGAACCACGAUGUGUAUGUCCGCAGAAGAAAGAGGGAGACUGUUCAGAAACGUGGUGCAUGCACCUCUCCGGGUGACCACAGCGAAGAAUUAGAACAGGAGGAUGACCCGGAAGGCAACGUUGAUAUUUUUGGUGAAAUUACGGAGUAGACUAAGACAUUCGAAAGCAUGUGUCAAAGUGAAUGAUUAUACUGCUCUUCAUAAGAGAUACAGAUACUACUCUGUUCUAAGUGGUUCUAAGUAAUAAUACUUAUGGCCAUUUACCUACAGAAAGUAAUUAAACAGAGU